AUGCCUUGCGAUAGCUACGGGCUCUCGAUAUGCUCUUUCGUCAUAGCAAACCGUUACCUCCUUCUGUUCACGACAGUGAGGAAACUGCGCAAAAACCAACAACUCAGAAUGGCGGAAUCAACUUAUAUCAAACAGGAGCCGUAUAUUAAGCCUGAUCCAGAUGCUGUUUCGGCUUCUCCACUGGACGACGACGACCUGUACGAAGAUGCCGGCGAUCUUGAAUUCUUCGAUCCGCAAAGCGACCAGGGAUCAUUUGGUCAGGCUUAUUUAGCGCGUGUUCCCAAGGAUCUAUGGGAUGCAUGGGACAGUCUUCCUGACGAUGCCGAGAUUGAGGUUGGCACGAUGCGACAAUGGGAUGUCGUACGCCCUGAUGGUAGUGUCGAGCACCGCUUCAAAAUGCUCCUUAACUCAGACCGGGCGGAACAUCAACUCAUGCCGAAAGAGUAUGAUUUGGAGAUGGGCAAAGAGCUUGCGCGUAGUACAUUUGUCUUCACUGAGGAGGAUCUGCCCGGCUUCAAGGCCAAGUCCAAGGCUCGAAACGAUGCUGCCAAUGCGGGCAUUCCCGCACGACUCUUAAGACCAAAAGCAGACAAAGUGGAGAAGAAGCCUUUCGAAAAGCGCGGUCGAUGGCAACCGUACUACCGGAAGGCGAUACCAAAGAAAACCAAGAUUGCGGCCAGAAUUCAGUAUGAACUAGCGUGCAAGCCUGUAGAUAACGCAGAGAGUCAGGCCAUCCUGCAGCGGAAGCAAGUGGAGGCCCAGAGACCGAAACACACCCUCCACAUUUUGGAACAACGGGCAGCGAACAACAUUAUUCAUCAUGGUUCUGCCGCAGCUGUUGAGAAGUUCGGUUCUUUCAUUAAAACCACAGCGCCCACGAAGGCUACGAAGCCCAAGAAAGCAGAGAACCGAGCCGCUCGUAUGUCGGAGGAGCAACUUCUGGACGGUCUCAUGGAGGCUUUCAGAAAAUACGAGUACUGGAAGAUGUCUAUUCUCAAGGCUAGAUUCGAUCAGCCGGAAGCCUUUUUGAGACAGACCUUGGAGAAGAUAGCGGUGAUGAAUCGAUCUGGCAUCCACGCCAACGAAUGGUCGUUACAGGAGCAUAUGAAGAGCAUGGCUGCCGGCGCAACAAGUGAAACGGCCCCAGAAGAGGCAGCGGCUGAUGAUGACGACGACGAGAUGGUCAUGGAGGAUGUUGUGCCAGUGGAGAAACAAAUUAUUGUUGACUUGCGGAUAAUCUUUGCCAGUACAUCUAUCAUGUUGAGAUUGAUGAUUCGCCAUAACAAUCUGAAAACUCAACGCGCGUUUGCCUUCCGCACCACCCAUCAAGCUGAUUCUCUGGCAUUCAUGUCCAAAAGAGCGCUCAAUAUUGUCCUGGACUUUGAUGGUACCAUUACCACAAAGGACACAAUCGGAACCCUUGCAGACAUUGGCCUUCAAAUCCAACUACAGCGCGGUUUUGACUUAUCGGCGGCAUGGCAGCAGAUACUCGAGGAUUAUACCCAGGACCACGCUGACCACAUUUCAACCUAUAAGCCACCAGCGGAUCGUAGGCUUACUCUCUCUGAGGAGCUCGCAUACUUGCGCGGUCUUAGAGAAGUCGAGCUGCGUUCUGUGCAUCGUGUUGAGAAGUCCGGUAUCUUCCAGGGCAUCAGUAGGGCGGACCUUGUCAAGGCCGGAGAUCUCGUUCGACAACAAGGCAAGGUGAAACUUAGAGAUGGUUUUACGGAGUUUGUGAAUGUCGCCAAGCAGAAGGGGUGGUCGGUCUCAGUGGUGUCUAUCAACUGGUCGAGAUCAUUCAUAAAAGGUGUUUUGUCCGCUCAUGGCUUUGACAUUGUUGCCAACGAAAUUGAGUUGGAUGGAUCAAUCUCUGGACCAGAUGUUCUCGGUCCACCUACGCGGGACACGAUUUUGACGACUUGCGAAGACAAAUUACGGGCUCUACGAGCUCUGGCAGAUCGCCAGGGAGUCAAUGGUGCUCAGAAUCUGGUGUACUUUGGCGACUCCACGUCUGAUCUGGAGUGUUUGUUAGAGGCGCGCGGGGUUGUCGUUGCUUCUAGUCCAGAGUCCAGUCUGAUGAAGACUAUAUUGAGGGUAGGGUACGAGGUACCUCGAGCUCAAUACUCUGAUGGGCUGGGUGAUCUUAUAUGGGCUUCAACCUUUGGUGAGGUUUUACAAUGCGGGUUCCUUUCUGGCCCAGAGUGUAAUGAAUGA